UACAUUUUCACUAUCUAUUCCUCCUCAAGUUCAAAAAUAUUCAAGUGUUAAAAUUAUAGAGAUGGGCUUGAAACAAGCACAAGUGCUCAUUUUGCUACUAACUGCUGCUUCAAUGGUAGCGGUUGGAAUGGCAGAUAAGAAGAUUUCUGCAACCCAACGUUGGAACUUUGGGUUUAAUUACACAGACUGGUUUGCCAAACACCAGAAUAAUAAUACUGAAUCUGGGCCCAACAAGAUUAUCGUCGGUGGAUCUGCCAAAUGGCAGUUUGGAUUCAACUACACUGAUUGGGCUAUGAAAAAUGGCCCAUUCUAUCUCAAUGAUACUCUUGUGUUCAAGUAUGACCCUCCAGUCGACAACUCCUCCCACCCUCACAGUGUGUAUUUGUUCACCAACUUCUGGAGCUUCUUGAAUUGCGACCUGACCCGAGCUAGGCAACUGGCGGACCCGACACAAGGAGGCGGAGAGGGAUUUGAAUUCCGGUUGGAGAGGUGGCAGCCGUACUUCUUUGCCUGCGGCGAAAGUAAUGGCGUCCAUUGCAACCAGGGACUCAUGAAGUUCGCUGUCAUGCCAUUGUUUCGCCGCUGGCAUUGGUGAUGCUGCGGGAACUAGCUAGGCUUGGGAAGAUGCAGUGCUGCCCACGAGAUUUAUAUUAUCAAUUUCCUACUUUUCCAUUUACGAAUAAUGAAUGCGAUUCUUCUUGCUUUCUUUUUCUUUUUUUUUUCUUUUUUCUUUUUUUUCCGAUUUCUGUUGUUGAUAACAUUAGUUAUCGAAUAAAAGAUUGCGAAAGUAAUGACUAAUGAAUAAGGAAGGGGCGUUGUUACUUGUUAUUGAA